AUGUACUCGACCCCGCGCAAGCAGCGCAAGACCAGCUACAACAGCUUCCGCAGCGGAGGCCACGGCAGAGGCACGCCCUCCCGCCAGCCGGGCCUCUUUGAGAACGGCCAAUGGCUCUGCGACUGCACCCCGCGCCUGCCGGCCCUGCGCCUCCAGGUCAAGAAGCAGGGCGCCAACAAGGGCCGCUGGUUCUACACCUGCCAGCGCGAGCGCAGGGACCAGUGCGGCUUCUUCCUGUGGGAGGACGCCGCCAGGGCCCGCGAGGAGGCCGCCCUGCUGCUCGGCGGGGCCGCCGCCCGCUCCGAGCCCCGGGGCGCCGGCCGCGACGGCAUCGCCACGAGCAUCGGGCCCGGCGCGCCGCCGACGCCGACGCCCGCGCCGCGGCAGCAGCGUGUGAUCCCCACCGCUAUUGGUAGUGAUGGCAUAGCUACUAUGUCCUCGAGGGCUGCGCAGCCCAGGCAGAGGACGUUCCGGGGGGUUCCCGGCGGGGAGGGGGAGCUGCUGAGCGACGACAGCGACGGGGAGAUGUUUGUCGACAGCGGCAGCAGCAGCACUAUGAGCAGAACAAUGCCCAUCAAGGCCGAAGCGGCACCGUCGUCGUCGUCUAGCGACUUCUUGUGGGCGGCGCCGGAGCGGCGGGCGCGGCAAGAUCCAACCGCCAAGCGCAAGCGCGAGGCGGACGACGUCGGCGGCGGCGAGGACUUCUCGGACGGCCUGGACUCGGACAUGGAGCGCGAGAUGGCGGCCAUGGCCGACGAGACGGCCGAGCGCGCCGCGCGGCAGCUCACGACGGAGCCCAAGUCGCUCAGCAACGACAUGCUCGGCCUCACGCCCGUGCGCCCGGCGCCACAGACCGGCCUGCCCACGCCCUCGACGGCGAAGACGAAGCCAGAAGCAGCAACAAUAACAACAACAACACCCACCAAGCCCACCACCCCUUCCUCCCACACACUCACCCCAGACACGAGCGCCCAAGCCCAAACCCCGUCCACCGCCGCCGGCACCCUCCCCCCCGGCUCUUCUUCUCCCGCCGCCGCCUCACCCGACGAAGACUACCCCAUCACCGCCGCCGUCCUGCGCCUGCUGCCCCCCGCCGACGCCGACGCCGACGCCGACGCCCCGCUGACCCCCGCGGCCCGCUCGGCCGUCCGCGCCGAGCUCAACGGCCACGCCCUGCGCGUGCUCGAGCAUGG